AUGUCUGGAAGGCCCGAGGAAGGACUUUACGGCAAUGUGGAGAGUCAAUUGUCCAAUGUCUCGCAGGGAGAUCGGAGGAGAGGGAGGUCGGACUUUGAGGGUGACACAGAUCACUCCUCUACGACUCGCAGAAGAUUGGAGGGAAUGCAUCGACCGCAGUGGACCAUGAGCAGCAGAGUGGAGGAUAUUCUGCUGGAGGGAAGCACUAACAGGACCGACAUGAAGCUGAACGAUUUCCUUCGGAGCAACUUGGGUGAGGAGUGGGUUGUGGAAAGAAAUGGGAACGUGACGAUGGAGGCGUUUGUUCAGGAGCCGGAUGCUUACGUACAAGACCAGCAGUUUCUUAGAAGAAUUGUUAACUUAACUGCGUACCAAUUGCUGGAAAUAGAGCUGGAUAAUAGGAAAAUACUAUUGAAGGCUAUUAAUAAGCUUCGUCACGAGGGUGUUGUCUCGCUUGAACAAUGGAGGGACUAUGAAGGAAAGGACACAGUCACUCCUUUUCCAAAGGCAAAAAUAAACGCAGCCCUCACUCAGGUACAGAGAGAAGAGAAGCGUGAGGCAGAGGAAAGGCUAAGGCGUGAGGAAGAAGAAAUGCAAAGACGACUGCAAGAAAUGAAAUAUACCAUUUCCACUACGAUCGAAGAGGUACUGUUUAAAGGAGGAGUCCGCGUCAAGGAAAGGAAGCUGAACGAUUUUCUUCUGGUGAGAUUUGGCGGCAGGGGCGUUGUGGACACAAAGGAUAAUGUCGUGCUGGAGGAGUUUGUAAAGGAACCGGCGAGGUAUAUCCAUGAUGCGGGAGUAUUGAACGAAAUGCAGAUAACCGAUGCUUAUUUGAGGAUUGAGGGGGCUGUAAGGGAUGAAAAGGAUAAGGAGGAAGAUGUACGCAGGCUUAAACAGGCUGGUGUGUCCAAUUUACAAAAAUGGUCCGAAGCUGCUGAGCAGAUAAAAGAAAGUGUUCAUGAGAUCACUAAAAGUUUUUUGGAUGCAGCCGCCGAGGAGGCGAGGAACCCAACGUCGACGGUUGUGUCGAUAAAACUGGAGGGAGUGUACGAGUCUGUGUACAAUGCGAGGUGGCAUCAUGUCAUGGAAGUUCCUGACGACAAUGGAAUGGGGA